AUGUCGAACAACGCCGUCGGUGCGGUCUACGAGCAGAUCAUCGCCGAGGUCAUCAACUCCUCGCGCGUCGAUUUCGAGGAGGGUGGAGUUGAUGAGAGUGUCCUCGAUGAACUUAAGAAGGGAUGGCAGGAAAAGCUCUCCCAGCUCGAGGUAGCCAGCUUCCCUUGGGAUCCCCCGAAGGAUGCGCCCGCUCCGGCUGCGCCGCCUCCGACUACUACUGCCCCACCGCCCGCCGCUUCAUACUCUCAGGCUCAAUUGAGCCCUCAGAUUCCAGGACCCGGGCUACCUCUGCCUGGUGCCCCUCCUGCCGAUCAGGCUAGAAAUGCGCCAGUCAAGGAAGAGCCCUACAUCAAGCCAGAGCCUGGCAUGCAGAACGUGCCUAUGCCUCCGGCGCAACAGGAGGGCGCUGGAAUUGCGGCCUACCGUGCAGCUCAACAUGUUCGGGGUCAAUUCGGCGAGAAAGGCGCCGGCUCCAUCAACGCCAUUCAAGCCUCGGCAACCAACAGACCUGCCGGCCAACCAGCCCUUCCCCAGAUGCCUGGCCAGCCUGCGCAACAACAGCAGCAGUACCGACCUGGCGCACCUCAACAAGGUCAACAGCAACGACCCCCUAGCAAUGGUCAGCCAGGCAUGAACCCUUCGCAAACCGACGGAGCUGGUGACGACUUCGACUUUGAAGGUGUAUUACUCCAGCGCGAUGCCAAGGGCAACGAACGCGAGCUCGGACGCAUUGACAUUGAUCGCAUGAUCCAUGCGCAGAUUGCUGCGAACGCCAAGAGCAUGGAGGGUGGAUGGCGUCCUUACCGUCAACGGCAAGGAGCCACUGGCGAGUACGAGUGGUAA